AAAAACGACGACGGCGAUCAGAAAAAAGGCCGCGCGCAAAAAUGUUGAACAAAUUACCAUCUUUUUACGUGAAAUUGAGUUCCGCCGAUGUGCCAAUUCGUACCAUCGCCCGGCGAUAUCGCGAUUGCAUGAAGGUGUACAUUCCGCCAAAUGAUAAGACCACAGCUCGCCUCAUGUUCGCCAACGAAGGAUCUGCGACGUACGCCGCCAAUGAGAUCGCUAGGCAAGACGGAGUCCUGGCUGUUAUUCCUGGCAAAGAAGCCCCGGCCGAACCAGAUCGCACUUCUUGGCGUAGUGGGUCGGACAAACCCUCAGAGGAAGCGUCGAAAACAUUUAAGAAGCCCUGGAAAAAUUACAAAAAACCAACUGAAUCAGCGGUAACGAAUGGCGAAGCUGGAAACUCGACAGCAUCAGGAUCUCCGCCUCUUGGUACGUCCAAGACGCUGAUGAAAAUGCCAAGUUGUGCCAAGUGUUCUGCGUGUCCCGUGAUGCGAAAAUGUUUUACGUGCGGAACGUUUUAUUGCGAUGUGAAAUGCCAAAAGCAACAUUGGCCAGUACACAAGGAAAACUGCAUGCCGCGCCUUACUAUCGAUACGGAAAUAGAAAAGGCUAUUUACAUGUCCGGUUAUGAUGCAGAACAGAAGCCACACCCUACCGUCAAGCAUCUGCAAUCUAAGCCCCAGCAUUUGGCAAAGGAUAAAGAGCGUGCUGUUAACUAUCAGCAACCGGUGGGAGAUUCACAAAAUCAAUCGCCAAAACUGUUUCUUCAACAGCUCGUGCAGGAUGUGCAACAAAUGCCAAAGAAACAACAGAAACAAGAACCGGUUCAGCGAAACUCUGUACAGCUUAAUAAUCAGAAUGAUAAUCCGGCGAAAGCACAGAGCCAACCGAAAAACGUUGCUCCAAAACAACAGCAGGAAGAUUUUCAAAAUCAAUCCAAAAUCUUGAACCCGAAAGGCCUACUAUCGAAAAUACGCGAUGCCAAAAACCGCAAACUUCUGACGAGUUCUUUUCCUGCGGUGGGCAGUGAUGUUAAAAUAGCACACGUGGCCGAGGAUGCUGUGUACAUUUACAAUUCUGGGGCGGGGGCACACGGUCGACCAAACCAGUACUUGAAGACCGUCGAGCGCUGUUUCGUCGGCGGUCGCGCAGUAAAAGAACAUUUGGUGCAAGCUCCUUCGCCUGAGGAUAUCGUGUACGCCCCAUUGGCUGGUGCGUACUAUCGGGCGGAAGUGAAGUCCGUUCUGGGUGAUAAAGCGAUCGUCUUCUUCACCGAUUUUGGUAACACAGAAACUAUAGAAUGGAAGAUGUUCAAAGAGAUAGAAGACCCAGAAAUUAAGUACGCUGAUCGUUUAAUUCACGAGGUACAAAUCGAAAAUGUGCCCAUACUUACGGAUUCUAUCCGGAAGCACCUGCAGACGCUUGAAGGAGAAGCGUUCGAGCUCUCAAAGGUGGUCGACAUACCGAAUAACAAAGCAAAGAUGGUGGAGCUGCGUCACUCGAAGGAACUUUAUUACUUAAGUGAAAUGAUACGUAAACUAUCCAAAGAUAACGAUGAAAUUAGGAAGAAACAAACUUCCACACCGAAAGGUGAUCCAAAUAGAUACGUUCCGGUGUCAAUGGAUGAAUUAUCUGAAGUGUGCCUUCCGUGUGGCGAUGAUGUUGAGCUGAUGAUAAUAGAUGCAGGGGAACUGAAUGAUGCGAGUCAUCGGCUGGCGGUUAUCGAUGUUGCUCAUCAAGAGACUUUUGCAAAGUUACUAGCAGAAGUUGGAAAAUAUGGCAAAACGGAUGAAAAUAUUUAUUUGCCGGAAGAAACCCAUCAUCUGUGCCUUGUCCAAUGGGACGGAAUCUGGUCACGUGCUGUGUCGUUGAACAUCGGAUCGAAACAGGCAUCGAAUCUGUACUGCCUGCUGGAUCUGGGUAUUAUGAAGACGGUAGAAUCUACGUACGUGCGUCGCUUCCCGCAGGCCCUCAGCCGAAAGUUAUAUGUGGCCGAGUGCAUGGUGGAGAAUCCCGAUGUGCUUAGUACAAUAGCAACCGGUAGCGAUCAGAAUCCGGAUCUGCUUGUUGGGAAAAAGAUCAUGGUGGAAGUACUCCAUAGCACAUCCACGGAUGACGAGCAGCGAAUUCGCGUGAAGUCGGCGCUUUACAAUUAAUCUGCUUUCUUUCGAACAACGCAUUUUCUUUUCAUAUGCAAAGCAUAUAGCAAUAAAUGCACAUCGUUAA